AUGAAGUCCAUUCUUGUUAGUAUGGUGUUGGCCAGCUCCGCUCUCGCGGCAUCCAACGUCUCGCUUCCAAAUGGCUGGUUCACGAUCCCUCCCGCUGCAACAAUCUCCCCAGGCUCUUUCCAUGGGCAGCCUCGUUACCUGACCUGGAUGGCCGACAGUCAAAUUAAACAUGGUAUGGAGCCAACGCAUGCCUAUACCGUGUCCGCCCUGCUGUCGGGCGUGAAGCUCGCAUAUGAGCGCACCCAAGAUGCUAAAUAUUCUGCCUACAUUCAAAAGCACGUAGACCUACAGCUCUACCCAGGCUUUACAGGCGAUAUUCUCAUGUACAACAACAGCAAUUCUAUUGAUGAUAUUCGCUUUGGGCACUCAUUCCUCGAUAUGUACAACAUAUCAGGUGGAGAGAAUAUCUACAAGAUCGCUGCGCAGACCUUGAAGAAUCAGAUUGAUCGCAGUCGUCGCACGCCCGAUGGCGGUUUCUACCAUCGAUAUCCCGACUAUAUUGAUCAGAUGUGGCUCGAUGGAAUUUACAUGCUAGAUGUUUUCUAUGCGCGGUGGACCUAUGAAUUUGAACCCUCGAAUACCACAGCAUGGGAUGACAUCGCACUGCAGUUCGACCUCAUUGAUGCCGGGACAACGGUGAAUCGAGAUCGCACAAAUGGGCUCCCGCUCCAUGGGUUUGAUGUAUCAAAGACGCAAAUAUGGGCGGAUCCUGUCACUGGCGCAUCGCCCCACGUCUGGGGUCGAGCUGUUGGGUGGUAUAUCAUGGCACUUGUCGACACGCUCGACUACUUUCCCCAGGAGCACCCUGGCCGCGCAAGGCUCCUGUCCUAUCUGCAAAGCCUCGCAGACGCCGUCGUCGCUGCGCAGGACAAGGUGUACAAAGGAUGGUAUAACAUUAUGGAUCCGGGUCUAGAAUCCCGCUCAGGCAACUACAUCGAAAGCUCUGGUUCAGCGAUGUUUGUAUACGGGCUAUUAAAGGGUCUGCGCCUCGGUUAUAUUUCCGGAGAGAAGUAUGAGGCCGCAGCAACGAGUGGAUACGAGCUCAUGACCGGCACAUUUGCGGAGAAGAGGGAUACUGAUGGGUCUUUGGGGUGGGGUUGGACGGUCCAGACGGGGAGUUUAAGCUCGAAUGGGACGUUUGAGUACUACGCCAGCAUGCCACUCUUCGAGAACGACCUCAAAGGUGUUGCGCCGUUCCUUUUCUCGGCCUAUGAGUACGAGCUAUACAUCGAGGCUAAGAAGUAA